UACAACUUUGCGCUAUCAUCAGGAAUGCGUUUUCGCAAGUACCGGUAAUCCGAAGGCGCGAUUAUGCUAUCACGCUACUAUGGGAUAUUUAUCUUGUGUAUUGCCACGGUAGCUGGAGCAUCGUUUCCGUCGGUGGGGAGAUGGUGUUCUAUCUGGUUCACGCUAAGUAGCGUUAGCGUGCUACUCACCUUACCGGAGAUCACACACCAAUGGUCACUCUUAGGAUUGAAUCUCUGGUCAAAUCAUGCAACGCAUAAGCCGACGUCUAACGAGCUUUUUGAACGUGACGCGACUCGAUUUUCCAGGGUGCUGAACUUCUUUCCCGUUCCGGUCGAAGAAGAGUGCCUGUCCGAGGACAAACGACGUCAGGGAAUAUGCAUGAACACAUAUGAGUGCCGUAUUCAGCGCGGGCAAUCUCACGGAUCGUGUGCGCUCGGUUUUGGCGUGUGCUGCAUAUUCACGGCAAGCUGCGACAAUGAGGUACAGAAUAAUCUGACCUACGUGACCAGUCCUGGUUUUCCCAACCUCAUCGACCGGCCUAUGAACUGUUCAGUGCUUGUACGAAAGAUCGAUACGGAGGUCAGCCAGUUGAGGAUCGACUUCGUCCAUUUCAACAUUGGUCAGCCAAACGCUUUGACUGGCGUGUGCGAUGGAGAUGUCAUGGUAAUUAACAGUAACAAGACAUCUUUCGAACUAUGCGGAUGGAACAGCGGACAACAUGUGUACGUGGACGUGGGCGAAGGCAACGAACCAAUCACUUUAAACUUCCGGCUGCCAAGCGGACUGCAGUCACGAAUGUGGGAGAUGCGGGUGAUGCAGCUGGGUUUCGAGCAACGUGCACCAGUUGGAUGUCUCCAAUACUUUCGCUCGCCCAACGGCACGCUAAGGACAUUUAAUUAUCUCCCGAACGGCAGAUAUCUCGCCGAACACGAUUACCUAUUAUGCGUACGUCAGGAAAGAGACAUGUGCGGUAUCUCUUAUCAACCUUGCACGCGAGACUCUUUUCGGAUAGGUCCUAAUAGAUCUCAAGAUAUGUCCAAUACGACCAAUAACACAAUUCCCGCAAUGAUCGCUGCAAACAGCGGAAAUGCCUCUACAGCUGUCGAUCCAAACGUCACUUCUGUAAACGGUUCCGGUAUGGACAUUGUCGAGGGAUCCGGAGCAGGAUUAUCUGAACAGGAAAUGGCUUUUAUCUCCAACAUGAAUUCGGUACCUUUUUUUGGAAGACGGUGCAGAGACAGGAUACUUAUUCCUUGCGAUUUCGAGGAAUUUAUUACACCGGGAAACAACAUGGCAGGUAUCUGUAAUUUGGAGCGUUGCGGCAGUUCACUGUGCGGCCGAAACGAACUCGACACAGAAGGCAAUUGCCGAGUCGAGACUUGGACUACUCCCUUUCGUAUAAGGGUAGCGUUUGGUCCGGGUAUCAACAUGGACGGCACAUUGGAAGACAAUGCCGGCAUGUGCCUCACGUACCAACAGUUAGCUUGUGUAGCUUGAGCGUUAUAAUUAUCUCACUCUUCUUAUGCAAGGCGCAUAAAACGUAAAGCAGAACGCUGGACGACCUAUAAAUGCGGAGACAACUGUCGAACAGAAGAAGGAAGCGUCAUCGACUGCAUCUGUACUGUCUGCAACACUGUUUCUGUAGCAUUGUCAAGCGACGUCGUUGUCGCUUUAGCAGGCGUAAAUAUAGGAAAUAUUUUCGAACGAAAUAAAGAAGAUUUCGCUUGCGGGGGAUUUUGUUCAUUCGGCUUAGACUAAUGGACGUGAGAUUACGGGACGGGAAUUAUGGGAUUGAGAUUGAAGUAUUGUGUUGUAUAAUUAAUACCGCAAAAAAAUCAAAGAGUCAAAUAGUUUUUAUUUACAAAUGAACUAGCUUAAAUCGUAAACGCAGCGCACAACUCUCGAUAUAGUGAUAUAUGUAUAUAUAUAUAUAUACAUAUAUAUAUAUACAUACGCCUUUGUGUCCCGCUUCUUUUUUUUUUCUCUUAUUCGAUUACCCGUCACGAUCAUCGGCUACAAUACGCAGUGUAUUAAUCACGGGGCACCGAUUUCUCACGUCGAGAUUUCCCCAAACGCGAGAUUAGCGGUAGAACGAUUAUUUAUAUAUAAUGUAUGUACGAUGGUAGCUUCCGCUGCGGAAGGCGCCGACGACAAUCACGGCAAUCGUUAGCGAUAACAAUAAUGACGUUACAAGAAUAAAUUAUAAUGUCGUUAAUACAAUAAUAAUGUCGACGAUGACAACAUCACCUCGAAUUGCUCUUCUAGAAGAAACGUGUGCUCGUCAUCUUGCCUCCGAAGAAGUCAAGAUCGCGUUAGUCUUCCUUUUAUACAAGCUAUUUCGCAUAUAUCUAUAUAUAUAUACGUCGUGUAUAAUAAUUAUAAUUCGUAAUUCAUAAUGAUAACGAUAAGAAAAUUAGCGGUAAUAUAAUGAAGACAAUUCGACGACAGUGGUGAACUGCAGCGGUUACUUCGAUGUCGUCGUCGGCGACGUCGCUGUCGUAUAAUUCGAAAUCAUACGUAUCUACCUACGAAGUCAAAAGGACUGUUAAGUAGCAUAAGAGAGGGCGGUGGUCGCGACGAACGUGUAUGCAAAUAUGUACGUGAUUAUGUGUGUCAUUGUAUACGGUCACUUAGUGCGGGGGCACAUGUUUUUGUCCUAUAAUACUCUAUAAUUUUUUGGAUAUCCGUGGGGCAUUUAACUCGCGAAGUGCUGAGGCCAUAUAUUUCGAGUAAAUCUAUACAGAAGUUAAGUUUAAAUAAAUAAUAAUACACGACGUAAAAAAGGGGUUUAUUUCUACUUUUUUUUUUUUUAUUGAAACGGUAUACCAAUUUUUAUUUCACAGCUGCUAUAUGUAAAACGCGUCAUAUAUAAUAGGCUUUCUACAAUAAACCAUGCAUUACUUAAACUUUAAGCUAUAAAAAAUUGACUAAUCACAGUCACAUGUGAGAACAAUAAUCGACCAUGAUUAAUCAAUUUUUUACUUAAGUCUUACAGCUUAGGUAAUAUUACAGCUGCUGUCAGUAGAAAAAAAUAGUUUUGCAACUGUUAUAAAAUUCUUUAAUAUGAUUAAUCUUGCCUUUAGAGUUUCUCACUGGAUCUGAGUAAUAUAAAUCAAUCAUAUUCAAGAAUUUUACAACAAAGUUGCAAAGCUGCUUUUUCUGUUAAAUGCAGCCAAUAGCUUAUCGCAGAAAGCCUAUAAAUGAUGUAUCAGUUGAAAUGCCCAACAAAAAUGUCCAACAAUAAUUUUGUAACAAAAAAUUAACGGUCGGUUGUCUUCAAAAUGAUUAAAUACCCCACUGUAUCCGAUUGAGCUACGUGUUCUUGAAGAACUGUCGGACGUUCGUCGUUGUAUUUACAUCGUCGAGCGAUACAACGGAGCAAUGUACAAUUCAUGGCGCUUACGGUAUGCACAGGUAACGUGAGACUCAAGCAAAUGAUAUUUGACAGUACGAUAUCGAAUCUCGAGAUAUUUUGUGGAAUAUCCGAUAAAAGAUUCAAGUCUGUUUCGCGAUGGUGAAUUUGACGAGAGAUUCGGAUGUUCGGAUGUCGGUAAUCUCCGAUAAGUUUUUUCCGAAGUUUAAAAAAUUUAUUUACGUAUAACAUGAAAAUCUCUUUCGACGAGAUUUUUUUUGUUUUUUUUGUUUAUCCUUACAUGCUUGUAUCGAGAGUUAUCAAAGAAUCCGAGAAGUUGUCACAUAUCCGAAGUAUAUCCGUUGGGAUAUAUGAAACUUCUAUACGAUUAUCUGGAAUUAUUAAUAUCCGAUUGAUAUCCGAAAGUUCGGAUGUCCGGAUAUAACUUGUACCUCCGUAUAAAACUUGUAUCCGCGUAACCUGCACAUCCCGUUAUCAAUUAACCGAAUUCUACGUAUUAGAAAACCUGGUAUUACAAAACCGGAUUUUUACCCUUGAUUCUGAACAGCAGCGAAAUCAAACGGAAAACGCUUAAAGGAAAACGCAGAAAGGUAACGAGAACCCCAAAGGCGAUCAGGAUUGCCAGAUUUUUCUUUUCGGAUCGCAAACGGUGGAUCCUGAAUUUAAUAGUAGCGAAGAAAAUCGGGUCUUUCAUUCUGGGUCAAAUUGGCACAGAAUACGUAACGUUAAAUGGAAAGUAACAGCACGCGAGUAAACACGUAGCGAGAAUAAAUUUAACGCGUUUGUAACGAGUCAGCAAAUGGAUAAUCAAUAAUCAUUAAUCAAUUUCGAUUAGCCGUGGCGUUAGCACAUCGCGUUAUCGUAUACCCGCUUAAGCCAGGCUUUAAAGUGGGACGCUCGAUGUUGAAAGCGAGGGUGUCGAGGGUACAUGCGUCAGGAAGAAUCGGAACAUUUUCGCGAAGAAAAAAAAAAAAAAAGAAAAAGAAAAAGUCUUGACUAUCCGGCAAUCCUGCGUAACUAAAAGCAAGGAGCGAACGCGAUGGUUAAACCGCAAGCGGCAAAUGUACAUUACUGUAAAUUAUGCUAACGUUACUGGCCGUCACGAAAUGAGUAGGUACCAUAAGACGUCGCUACCAAUGAUGCAGCAUCAGAGCAACAAAUGUGUGUGGAUCGCACAUACACAUGGAAUCUGUACACACUCGCUUUUUCCCCUUAAAAACUGUUGUGCGUGCGUGCUCAUUGUACCCGCCGCCGAUAUGCAUUUUCUUUUUUUCUCCUUCCCCCUUCCCCUCGCCCAUUUCUGGUCGUUUUACUGGGUCAUUUAAGGUAGGGGAAACGAUUGUAAUUCGUAAAUUGAUCGAUGAUUCUACGAGCGAUUAUCGUUUAUCGAAGAAGAGAGAGAGAAAGAGAGAGAGAGAGAGAGAGAGAGA